AUGGCACCGAACGACAAUUCCACGAGCGACAGCGACAGCGACCCACCAGCUCCCUCCUCCCACAACAACAACAACAACAACAACAACAACAACAACAACAACAACAACAACAACAACAACAACAACAACAACACCAACAACAACAACAAGCGAAGACCCCACCCUCGUCCCGCCCGCACGACUUCUCUCCCCACCAGCAGCACCGCCCCGAGCGACACCAAGAAAGGCUCCCGAAACCCCACCUUCAACGCGCGCACCGCCGCCGACGCCACCAACGCCGCCAUCUGCCAGCAACAGAACCGCGACGGGACGAUUCCCUGGGACGAAAUCUCCGAGCGCGUGAGCGCGCCGCCGGGGGCCAAACCUUGCUCCCCCGUCGCGUGUGCGGACCGCUGGCACCGCAAUCGGAUCAUGUUCGAGGCGCUCGGGGGACGCGAUGUCCGUCCGGAUUGGCUGAGGGAGUGGGUGACGGAGCUUUCGCCUCUACCGGCUGCGGCUGGGAGGAGCGAGGAGAGGGCAUGUGCGAAGGAGGUGAAGAGGCGGCUGGCGAGAGGGCAGGAUGUCCCCGCGGAGGCCGUCAGGGGUUGUAGCAAGUGGCUUGUGCGGUGUGUGAGGGAUGUUGAAGCGGCGAGGAGAGGAGGUGGGACUGGCGGCGAGGCGGGCGGCAGACGCGUCGUCGUCGGGGAGCGUCUGGACGGCGACGAGGAGGAAAGCGGCGAAGACGAAGACGGAGAAGCAGAUGCCCUGUCUACUGAUCCGGCCAUCGCACGGCUCGAGACGCGAUUGGCGAAUGUCGAGGAAAUCGUGGACGAUUUGAGACGCGAGUUGGUCGUGCUAAGGGCUCGACGAUAA